CCGUGUCACAUGAUCUACUUUCUAUUGUCGCCAUUUUGCGAGCUUUUUUUUUUUACUGCAUGAGAGUAAAAAACCUGCGAAUCAGAAGCGCCGGAGGCCAAAGAUCACUCAGAGUUGCUGUAUCAGUAUGGAGGACAGCAGUGGUGUUGCCAUCGUAGUCCCUUGUUCAAGGGAUCGUCAGGAUGUCUUCACCCCUGAUUCACACAUUCAUGAUAUGGAAAAAGAGCAGGAGCAGCACAAGCAAGCUGCAGAUUCUCUCAUCCAGGUGAUCGAGAAGCUGAGUAAGAUAGUGGAGAAAAGGCCAAGGCAAUGCACCCUCUCAGGGAAAAAGCGUCCUUCCAUGACCUGUGCCUCAGUAAUGGUGGCGGAUAGCAGAGAAGGCAGCAGGGGGGUUUCACCCUCCAAAAGAACCAAGGAGCAUAUAGAGGACUGCCAGGAUCUUAAUUGUGCCCCAGUGCCAAUCACAGAGCAGGACACGAUUAACAGAAAUGCCCCCAUGGUUGCGUGCUACCAGUGCAGCCUGUGUCGCUUUCUUUCCCCCACGCUAAAUGCUUUGAAAGAGCAUAUGAAGCAGCAUGAUGAGCAGCACAAUGACCUUAUUCUUAUGUGCUCAGAGUGUUGUUUUACUUCCAACCAUCAGAAGGACCUGGAGGCGCAUGUCAGGCUCCACUUUGAGGAUGGUGACUACACCGAGAGAUCCCCUGCAGAGCAGCAGACCGGGUCAGUAAAAGGAAAUCUGCAGGGUAGGAUAGGAUACUCUACUGUGAGAUCUGAGCCUGAAUUGGAGAAAAUGCCAAGAACCCCCAAGAAGUGGUACAGAUACGAGCAAGGUCGGUAUCACUGCUUGAUUUGCAGUUAUGAAUGCGGGCAGCAGCGCAAUUUAAAAACACAUGCAUGGAAACAUGCUGGCUUGGUCGAUUGCUCAUACCCUAUAUUCGAAGAUGAUGCUGAUCAGCAUGAGGUUAACCCUUUAUAUACUCUGACCAGCAACCCAUCCUUAGCGCUGUGUAAAAAGCGUGAGGAUGUUGUGGUUCUCACACCUUUUGGAGAACAAGCUCAGGUUCUGCGUAGUGCUCGUUCCAUUCAUUUGGAAUUGUGUGCAUCCGCAAGUGUGAAAUACGAGGGUGAUGUGGUGUCAGCAAGAGUGGAGGAACUUAAAAACCCUAUGCAGAGCGUUUUCUCUGUCGAAGGAGCUCUGUCAGAGGAGCCGAUUAGGGAGGUUCAAGUGACUCCUGAGGCUCAAAUGGAGCUGGAGUUGGAGACAGAAAACCAGCAGAUGAGCACUGACAGCUUGUUGUCUUCAGUACAGAAGAUCAUCAGCUCUAGUGGCAACAGUGCUGGCCAUGUUAACGUCAUUGUUGAGAGGCUGCCCUGCUCUGAAGAACCUGUAACCAGCCAGCCUCUGCUCCUCAGCCCAGAGGCGUCUGGAUACAAGAACUUACUAGCUUCCCAGGAAGUGGGAACCGAGAGACAAUCUCACCCCUUGUUUUGUGAGGAGCAGGUUCUGAUUGACUGGAAUGGUAGCGAUGAGCAUCAGGAAAUCGAGAGUCAGGAGACUGGUCCACCUCCAGAGGACAGUGUGCCUCCAGUUCGUAGAAGGACUCACUCAGAGUGCUUGCGAUUGCACUCUUUGGCAGCUGAAGCCCUUGUGGCUAUGCCGUUGAGAGCUCCAGAGUUGAGCAAGUCGACUGUUAAGGGUACUUCGAGUGUUAUUUCUGACACAGGCCAGAAAAUAUUUGAUUUGUCAGCUGCUUCUGCUGUAUCUAAUGCAAAGGUACCUUCAGCAGAGCUGGUGGCCGAGAUGCCAGGGUCAACCACCCUUUUGAACCUCAGCCACGGUUCCAGGGAUGGAAUAAUGUUGGAAGGACCUUCAAAAGCUGGAAUCAGCAUCUCUUUACUGACUGUCAUUGAACGACUACGAGAAAGGGCCGAUCAGAAUGCCUCUGAUGAAGACGUUCUGAGGGAGCUACAGGACAAUCCACAGCUUCUGAAUGACAGUAUGGCUACGGGAGAGGUGGAUGUGGCAGACGAUUCAUCGACCACAGAAGCCGAUCUGGUGGAGUACGUUGCAGGGAGCGACAGACCCUACCGCUGCCGUCUCUGCCUUUACAGCAGUGGAAACAAGGGCUAUGUCAAGCAACACCUCCGUGUUCACAGGCAGAGGCAUCCUUACCAAUGCCCAAUUUGCAAACACAUUGCCUUAGACAGCAGCGAUCUGGAGAGCCAUAUGAUCCACCACCGCAAGAGCCGCAUGUACCAGUGCAAGCACUGCCCAGAGAUUUUCCACUAUAAGAGUCAGAUGAGAGACCACGAGAGAGAGCAUCAAGGGAUCAGCGACACCGCAGCGGCCCUCACGCCUGUCGGCGAAACCAAAGCGAACGUAGACGAGUCCGUGAUGACCGAAGAGGAUUGUUUCAGUGAGCAGAAGGUGUAUAAAUGUGACAUGUGUGAUUAUACCAGCUCUACCUACGUCGGAGUGCGGAAUCAUCGCAGGAUACAUAGCUCUGACAAGCCCUACAGGUGCUGCAGCUGUGACUUUGCCACCACCAACAUGAACAGCCUGAAGAGCCACAUGAAGAGACACCCACAGGAGCACCAGGCUGUGCAGCUGCUUGAGCAGUACAGAUGCUCCCUCUGUGGAUACGUGUGCAGUCAUCCUCCGUCCCUCAAGUCUCACAUGUGGAAACACGCCGGGGAUCAGAACUAUAACUACGAACAAGUGAACCGGGCAAUCAACGAGGCCAUGUCUCAAAGCAGCAGGUCUCCAGUCGUGCCUUCAAAAUCAGGCCUGGAUCCAUCUGCAGACCGUCCAUAUCUCAUCCUGAACCAGAAGGAGAAGACGUCGCGUCCUUCAGCCCAGAGAGCGUCGGGGUUACCGAUGAGGAAAGGAGGCACCGGGGUUCCAAAUGCAGCCCUGGAGUACUGCAUGCUGCUCUUCUGCUGCCCGGUCUGCAGCUUCGAGUCCACCAGUAAAGAACAGCUGAUGGAGCACAUGAAGGAGCACGACUUCAUCAGCAUCAUACUGAGCAAGGAGCAGCAGGGAAGAUAGGUGCAUAAGGCCAGCACAGCACCGUGUGGGGGAAACCUACAAUCUGCACACACAAAAUCUACUUAAAAAAAAAAAAAAAGAGCCUAUAUAUACAGUAUAUAUAUAAUGUAUGUAUGUCUGUUUAUUUUUGGACACUUUUUUUUUAAUCCUUUUGAUACACUGCUUUACAGAAACUCUGUAGUUUUAUUGUAUCAAACGUUAUAAGACUGAUUUUUUUUUUUUUUUUUUUUUUUAAUUAACCAAGGAAACAUUCAGUAUCAUAGCGUAAUAUCAUAGGUGGAUAUUUGUUGAUUGAACAGCAUUUCGUACCUCAUCACUUCACUUUUCUACACCGUACAAAUGAAGAUUAGGGUUAAUCAUCCAUAGGGCAGCUUCUUUUACUUCAUUGUAAUAUUAUUUAUCAGUAUUUUUUUAUAUAGUCUUCAUGGUAAGGGAAGAAAGGAAACGGUUUUAGGUUACCAACCUUGUCGUUUUGUCAAUAUUUGUUUUAAUAUUUAUCACGCUUAUUUAUAUCUUUUGCACGCACCCUUCCGUUACGCUCACAGAAAAGGAGCGGAUCGUCGUUAAGCCGUUCUUUUUUCCGGUGCUAUUGACGCUUACUUUGGCACGUUUGGAGCAAACAAAGCGUCGUUUCAGGAAUGUAUCUUAAACCCACAGACUAGCCAGUGUGCGGCAGUGUGUGUUUAUCUGCUUGUACUGUUUAAAUACAAAGUCAGGAGACAUUCUAAUGGUCACCGGUCCAAAAAUAUCAGGUAAUAAAAACUCCAUCCAAGGCAAAUACUGUAGCGAAAGCCACGUACGACGUCCUACGUUAAUCUAGAAGGAUUAGAACACAAACAUCAGAUAUGUUAAUGUAAUGCAUCUAUACAUAAAUAUACAAGAUAUUUCCGUUUUCUUUCAUAAGACACCAUUGUCUUACUAGUAAACUUAGCUUAACGCUAAGUUUCUUCCUUUUGUAUUCAAAUGCAUACAGAAACUUUUUCCUUUUCGAACUUUUUUUUUUUUAGUUCACGUCUAAGUUACGAUGUGAUAUUUUACGAUUUGCUACAAAUUAUUAUUUAUAUAUAAAAGAUGUCCGUCGAAUUUUUAAACAUUACUGGCUACCUCUGGUCAAAAUGCCCACCCCCCCACCCCCGAAAAAAAAAGUGUUAUGUUAAAUACCUAGGGAUAAUUUGCAUACAUGCACUGAUUUCAUGUCACCAGUUCAUGUGCAUUUAGGUUGCCUUUGGGGAGAACAAUGUUUCAGGCAAAAUAAAUAAUUAUCAGUAAGAAUAUCUCUGGAUCAGACCAAAUUUAUGAAUAUCUCUGCCUACUUUACAGACUAAGAGCAUGCAUCAGGAAGAUAAUGAUUGGUAUGCACAUGGAGCAUGCAAUCACUUGAGCUCAUUGUGCAUUUUAAUCACAGUAAUUUGAGUUUAGCCGGGAUGCACGGAAACCCCGUCCGAUUCGGAAUUGCUUUCCCGUUAUGUUUCCGACGCACAUGCAUCCAGUCGAGCAGUGGAGAUGCAAUCAGAUGUUAAGCGUACGCAUUCUGAAUGCAAUUUGCCUGUUUUGUUGUUCUUUUUAAUAACAGAGCAGUUUGUUAAUCUGUAUAGACUUUAGAAAAAGGUGGAGGAACAAACUAUAGUCUAGCUAGUUUUGUAUUUUUUUUUUUUUUUUUGGUGAUAAGCUUUUCGAUUAUACGAGUACUUAGCUUAAAUUCUGCACCCACCGAACACUCACAUACCCUCAAACAUACCGUGCAUCACAUACCUGGACAUUUGACCAAAAAACUAAACAAAGCACACACAAGCGUAGGUGCUGGGUCAGAUAUGUGCCUUCCAUUUUUACUCCUGAUUAGUUCUCUCUUUAAAUCCAAGCCAAAUGUUGCGCCUUAACUGAUCGCAACUGAAUUCGGACUUGGUUUUGCUCUCAUUAUUUUGCUAUUGUAUCGACACCUGGUACUGUAGUACGGCUUAUACACAGUAUGGCUGUGUAUAUACUGUAGAAUUUGGACCCUUUUUUUUUAUAAGAAUUUCUAUUUUAAGGUGACUUGCAAACACACUACAAAGGGUGGGGAAGAAAAUAAACGUAAUGGAGUAAAAUGAUGGAGUCUAGCCAAAGCGUAUUUAAAAAAAAAAAAAAAAAAGGCCUAUUCGGCUGUAGUCCAGAGUAAUGGAAAGCUUAUCAUCAGAAGUUUGUAAUGCUGCCAAAGGAGGUGGAGGAUCGUAGACUUUAACAUUGUUAAUGCUUUUCAGCACUAUUUUUCAAGUUCAUAUUGUAGUGGUCGUGCAGGGCCGUGUUUCACAAACCUAGUGUUCCGUUCGAUUAUUUAUUUACACUUCAUACACUGUAAAUUGUUAUUACUUGUAUUUUUGGUAUUAAAAACUGAACAAUGACUUCAA